AUGAGUUGUAAGAGUAAAACGACGAUCCAAGAGAAACGCUAUGGUUCUUUUCGGUCAGUUUUCAUGCAUGCCGAUAGCGUCGAUAUCUUGUUGAUGAUUUUAGGAUUUUUGGGAGCGAUUUGCGAUGGAGUUUCUAUGCCUGUGAUGCUUAUAGUCACCAGCAAACUCAUGAACAAUCUUGGUAAUAAUGAAUCUUCCAGUACCGAUAGUUUCACGCAUCAUAUCAAUGAGAAUGCUUUAGCUCUGGUUUACCUGGCAUGUGGACAAUGGGUCGCGUGUUUCUUAGAGGGAUUUUGUUGGACAAGGACAGCAGAGAGGCAAGCGUCAAGGUUACGAAUAAGAUACUUAAAAGCAGUUCUAAGACAAGAUGUGGGAUACUUUGAUCUACAUGUUGCCAGCACCGCCGAUGUCAUUGCUAGUGUCUCUAGUGACAGUCUUGUCAUUCAAGAAUGCAUUAGUGAAAAGGUACCAGUUUUCUUGAUGAACGUAGCAACAUUUACUGGGUCAUAUGUGAUAGGAUUUUUGAUGAUUUGGAAGCUGGCACUAGUGGGAUUUCCCUUUAUUAUUUUCCUAGUGAUACCAGGUCUUAUGUAUGGAAGGGCUUUAAUGGGAAUAGCAAGAAAAAUCAGGGAUGAAUAUGGAAAAGCUGGAAUAAUUGUGGAACAAGCAAUUUCAUCAGUAAGAACAGUUUAUUCAUUUGUUGGAGAAAAUAAAACAAUAGCAGAGUAUUCUAAUGCUCUUCAAGGAACAGUUGAUUUGGGAUUAAAGCAAGGUUUAGCUAAAGGAUUGGCUAUUGGAAGUAAUGGCAUUGUUUUUGCAAUUUGGUCCUUUAUGUCUUAUUAUGGUAGCAGAAUGGUCAUGUACAAUGGAGAACAUGGUGGCACCGUUUUUGCCGUCGGAGCUGCAAUCGCCAUCGGUGGACUAGCAUUGGGUUCUGGUUUGUCCAAUCUUAAGUAUUUUUCUGAAGCAAGUGCAGCUGGUGAACGUGUAGUGCAAGUGAUAAAAAGGGUACCAAAAAUAGAUUCGGACAAUAUGGAGGGCCAAACAUUGGAUAACGUGACGGGUGAAGUGGAAUUCAAACACGUUGAAUUCGCAUACCCAUCAAGACCUGAAAGCAUAAUUUUGAAUGAUUUUAGCUUAAAAGUGCCAACGGGUAAAACCGUGGCAUUAGUGGGAGGAAGUGGGUCGGGAAAAUCUACCGUAGUAGCACUACUACAGAGAUUUUAUGACCCACUUGGGGGUGAAAUUCUUCUCGAUGGGAUCGCUAUUGAUAAGCUGCAACUCAAGUGGCUAAGGUCACAAAUGGGUCUAGUGAGUCAAGAACCUGCACUUUUUGCAACUACAAUUAAAGAAAAUAUACUUUUUGGGAAGGAGGAUGCAUCUAUGGAACAAGUAAUUGAGGCUGCCAAAGCUUCUAAUGCUCAUAACUUCAUCUGUCAGUUGCCUCAGGGUUAUGAUACCCAGGUGGGAGAGAGAGGUGUUCAAAUGUCUGGGGGACAGAAGCAGAGGAUAGCUAUAGCAAGAGCCAUAAUCAAGUCACCCAGAAUACUCCUCCUGGACGAGGCAACCAGUGCACUCGACUCUGAAUCUGAACGAGUGGUGCAGGAAGCUCUGGACAAGGCCGCUGUUGGCCGCACCACAAUCAUCAUAGCCCAUCGCCUUUCCACUAUUCGCAAUGCUGACCUUAUUGCCGUGGUUCAAAAUGGUCAAGUCAAGGAAAUUGGCUCACACGAUGAGCUCAUUGAAGACGAAGACGGACUAUACACUUCCUUAGUCCGUCUCCAACAAACUGAAAACCCCAGUGAUGAAAUCUCAAUUGCACCAACCAAUAGAAACACAGUUUUUGCUCCAUCAAAUUUAAAUUCUGGAUUCACCUCUGACCAUGAAGUACAAAAUACAAGCAGCCGAAGGCUUUCAAUUGUGAGCAGGUCGAGUUCAGCUAACUCAGCUGCGCAAAGCCGUAGAUUUGAUCAAAAUGCAACAAUUUCCAAUACUCCAGAACAAGUUUUUCCAGUACCUUCAUUCAAAAGGCUGCUGGCAAUGAAUUUGCCAGAAUGGAAGGAGGCAACAUUGGGAUGCAUAGGAGCAGUAUUGUUUGGUGGAGUUCAACCAGUGUAUGCUUUUGCAAUGGGGUCAAUGAUAUCUGUCUAUUUCUUGCCAAGUCAUGAUGAGAUUAAGGAGAAGACAAAGAUAUAUGCUCUGUGUUUUCUGGGGUUGGCAUUCUUUUCCCUUUUUGUCAAUGUACUUCAGCACUAUAACUUUGCAGCCAUGGGAGAGAAAUUGACUAAAAGGAUCCGGGAGAGGAUGUUGUCCAAGAUGCUUACUUUUGAAAUUGGGUGGUACGACAAGGAAGAGAAUUCCACCGGUGCUGUUUGCUCUAGACUAGCUAAGGAUGCCAAUGUGGUGAGAUCUUUGAUUGGGGACAGGAUGGCAUUACUCAUUCAGACGGUUUCUGCAGUGACUAUAGCUUGCACCAUGGGCCUAGUUAUCGCGUGGAGACUUGCAUGGGUCAUGAUAGCAGUCCAGCCUCUCAUCAUAGUGUGCUACUAUUGCAAGAGAGUGCUAUUGAAAAACAUGUCUAAAAAGUCCAUCAAGGCCCAAGAAGAAAGCAGCAAGUUGGCAGCUGAAGCAGUUUCCAAUCUCAGAACAGUAACAGCCUUCUCCUCCCAGUCCCGGAUUCUCCAAAUGCUCAAGAAAGCCCAAGAAGGCCCACUAAGAGAAAGCAUACGCCAGUCGUGGUUUGCUGGAAUUGGGCUUGGCACUUCUAACAGUCUCAUGACAUGUACUUGGGCUCUUGAUUUCUGGUAUGGUGGCAAACUCAUGGCAGAAGGCCUCAUAGGAGCUCAGGCCCUCUUCCAGACAUUCAUGAUAUUGGUUAGCACUGGGCGUGUCAUUGCAGAUGCUGGAACCAUGACUAAUGAUCUAGCAAAGGGUGCAGAUGCUGUUGGGUCGGUCUUUGCAGUGUUGGAUCGAUAUUCUUUAAUCGAGCCAGAGGACUCGGAUGGUUACAAGCCCAAGAAAAUAACAGGCAAUGUUGAGCUGUACGAUGUGGAUUUCGCAUACCCUGCUAGGCCCAAUGUGAUCAUCUUCAAAGGGUUUUCAAUAAAAAUCGAAGCAGGAAAAUCAACAGCAUUGGUAGGACAAAGUGGAUCAGGAAAGUCCACUAUAAUUGGUCUGAUAGAAAGAUUCUAUGAUCCCUUAAGUGGUGUAGUGAAAAUAGAUGGCCGUGACGUAAGAUCAUACCACUUGAGAUCAUUGAGGAAACACAUUGCACUUGUAAGCCAAGAACCAACAUUAUUUGCAGGAACCAUAAGGCAAAACAUAGCCUAUGGAGCAUCAGAAGAAGUGGACGAAUCAGAAAUAAUUGAGGCUGCGAAGGCAGCAAAUGCACAUGAUUUCAUCUCAGCAUUAAAAGACGGAUAUGAAACUUGGUGUGGUGACAGGGGACUGCAGUUGUCAGGAGCAAAACAGCGAAUUGCUAUAGCACGUGCAAUAUUGAAAAAUCCAGCGGUGCUAUUAUUGGAUGAGGCAACAAGUGCAUUGGACAGUCAAUCGGAGAAAGUAGUGCAAGAUGCACUUGAGAGAGUGAUGGUUGGGCGGACAAGUGUGGUGGUGGCACACAGGCUAAGUACUAUACAGAAUUGUGACACAAUUGCUGUAUUAGACAAAGGCAAAAUUGUGGAGAAAGGGACUCACUCUUCUUUGUUAGCUAAAGGACCCAGUGGAGUUUACCACUCUCUUGUUAGCCUUCAAAGAGCACCAAACUCUAACAACACCUUCAUCAGCUAAUCUCAUCAUCAAAUGAUAUGGGUUGAUAAUCCCCAAUAAUCUUGAAGCUAAACAACCUCUUCUUUUUCCUUGUUUUCCUACUUUCCCAAACAACUCUUUGGGAGAUUUGUUGGCUGUUUGGAAAACUUUGUCCCAUUUUAAUGUAUAUAUAUUUUGGUAUUGUUAGCAAAUAGCAAUACAUUUAAUUUAACUUUCUGUUUCAUCUUGUAAGAGAAGAGCUUCAUAGAUAAAUUUUUCGAUCAGUAUUAAAGGUAAAAUCUUACGACCUUAAU